UUAUCCUCUUUGGCGUAUACGAGUCAUGUAUUAUCAGCGAUGUCAUUACAGUGAAUUUAAGUGACUCUAGCUAAUCUCUGGCUAGCUAAUUAAGUUUGGUAGGGUCUAUCCUUUCUCAAUAUGGAUUAGAAUCAGAAGUAGGAGGAGCGGACCACCCUUCGUCGUCGAAAGGAGAGAAAAACACAGCCUCUCAUGAAUUCAUCACUCCUAAAUGAUUCCCAAUUCCCCCAAAUUGUUAGUGUAUACGGAAAUAAUUUUGAGACGAAUUAUCCCUAUUAAUUACCUAGACCUGAUGAGCAUUGUAAUCCAUCAGUGUUGUAUAGAUUGAGAUAGAAGGUUGAGGGAGGGCGAGAGUGUAAAGAAGAAGAAAAAUAGUGAGCAACAAUGUUUCAUCCAAAAUACGUUGUCCUGGUUUCGUUGGUCGCCUUGCUCUCAGUUUUCCCACUCUGAUGUGGUAUGUCGUCGUAACUUGUUCUCAUUCAUUUUUGGCUUCGUUAACAUGUUUUGGAUGAGUAUUGACUAUUUUUCUGACAAUUAUGUUGCUACAAUGUGUAGAUGUGGCCAUCCCACAUAGUGCAACCACGAUACGCCAGGAUUUCGACCUCACAAGCCAUCAGCAUACCGAGGUGGUGAACGUCGUCGGUCGAGCUUCAAUUUUCGGUACGAUCGUCGCCGGUCUGAUCCUCAACUACUCCGGACGGGUUGAGGGUUGUGGUGUCUCUCUUCCCAAUUCUGAUGGCGGACCGAGUCGCACAUCGGUGCGUGCUGAUAAUCAGUAUUCUCGUGAUGGUGGCGUCGAUUGGUUAUUUGGGGGUGGUCAUGGAGCUCAACUGCCACGGGGUUUGGGGGGAGGAGAGCGCGUCGCUAUCUAGCAUGGACCUGCAGGUGGGUUCAUCAUGGUUACUAAGGGCAAAUUGGAUAUGGAAAAAAAUAUUUAUUAAUUUUCUUAUUUUAAUAAAUUACAUUUUAGGAA